AGAAGAACGGAGUAAAAUACCAAAAGGUUUUAUUUUAUGACAGAGAGAAUAGUCCAGUGACUUUCUGGAAGGAUAGCAAAAGGAAAAGUCUGGAUUCAGAAAGAAUCUUUAAUGAUGAUGAUGAUGAUGAUGAUGAAGACCGUGUUGCUGCUGAUCUCAGUACUCCUAACUGAGGCUCUUCAGUCCCAGGGCAGACCGGCCACACAAGAUGAGAUGUUAGCCCUGGUCGAGCUGACGCCGUACACUUUGUAUCCGGGGGACAAACUGGAGCUGAGCUGUAAAGGUAUCGAGGAGAUACAGGAAGUGACCUGGACUAAGGACCACGUUCCCCUGGUUGACGGAGAGCACACCCGCCUGCGCAACCAUCAGAUGGAGAUUGAAAGAGUAGAGCCGGCCGACUCUGGUCUGUAUGCUUGCUUUGCUCAGGGACCCAACAGCAACCAUACAGAUUUCUUCAAUGUCAACGUUACAGAUGGAUUGGCUUCCUCAGAAGACGAUGAAGAAGAUGAGUCUUCCUCAGAGGAGGCCAAGCUAUCAAGUGACCAGAAACUGCUUCCAAUGGCGCCUGUCUGGGCUCAGCCUGAUCAGAUGGAGAAGAAGCUCCACGCUGUUCCCGCCAGCAAAACCGUCAAAUUCCGUUGCCAGGCCAAUGGUAACCCUACACCAACACUCAAGUGGCUCAAGAACGGCAACGAGUUUAAGAAAGACCAGAGAAUAGGAGGCUAUAAGGUUCGAGAGCACAUGUGGACCAUCAUAAUGGAGUCGGUGGUACCGUCAGACAAAGGCAACUACACCUGCCUGGUGGAAAACAAAUACGGCAGCAUCAAUCACACCUACCAGCUGGACGUAGUUGAACCUUCAGAGCACAGGCCGAUUCUUCAGGCGGGGUUGCCUGCUAACCGUACAGUAGUGGUGGGGAGUGACGUGGAGUUUGAAUGUAAAGUCUUCAGCGAUCCUCGGCCUCACAUCCAGUGGCUGAAGCACAUUGAAGUGAGCGGCAGUAGAGUCGGCCCUGACGGACUACCAUAUGUUCGGAUCUUGAAGACGGCAGGCAUCAGCACCACGGAUAAGGAGAUGGAGGUACUAAAGAUCUGGAAUGUGUCUUUAGAGGAUUCUGGAGAGUACACCUGCUUGGCUGGGAACUCUAUCGGCCACUCCCAUCACUCUGCAUGGUUGACUGUCUAUAAAGCAUCAUCCUCCAGGCCAGCUCCAGCCGUCCUAUGCCUGACUUCUGUACUGCCAUCUGCCCUGGACUGCGUGUUUUUCCCAGUCAUGGUAGUUUUUGUUUGUUUGUUCGUAUUUUGAACCAAAUGAAGCUCACAAUUUUCUCUGCACCUAGUCCUCAUUUUCUCCUUCCACAAACCCUGACAUACUUAUAAUACAACAUGCUGUUAUUUCUUCAUUUACAAAAUGUUAAUGUAGGUUGUGAUGAAAAGUGAAAUGUUUUCUAUGAAAGA